AAAUUAAACCAAAAAAAGCAAGAGGAUAAAAAAGAAACCAAAAAAAAGGAAAUUGGCCUUUUUUCUCAAAUUUAAAAUAAAAUAAAAUAAAGGAAAUUCAUUUUGCAACUCGAAAGUGAAAACCAAGAAACUCCUGCAAUCAUCCAUCCCCCAUUGAAAAGAGAGAGAGUAAGCUCUAAGCUGAGGGAGACAUAGUGAUGGCAAGUACUGGAAGAGAAGCAAGACGACGUCGUAUUUUGGAAGGAGGGCAAGAUCGUCUGGCUCUCAUCACAGGCCGAAAACCUAGUCUUUCAUCUGAUGCCAACGAUUCCGAUGCAUCUCAAUCCUUCGUUCCUCAACAACAGUAUCAUCAUGAUCUCAGAUCAAUUCUUCCAUCUGAUCAACCUUCAGUUUCUCAAACAGAGGAAGAAAAACCCACAUAUUUGAUGCAUGAUGAAGCUUCCAACUUCAGUGAGGAUGAUGUAUUAGGGGGUCGAAGCAAAGAAGAAGUGUUGAUAAGGAAAUUUGAGCAAGUUACAGAACCAUCGAGAGCAUCUGCAUCAGAAGAUAACAGCAAAAGAGAAGCUUCUUCGGGGCUUCAGAAAGCUUUUGAUGCAGCACUAGGGGUGGCCCAACAAAUCCCUGUUGGUAAUGUGACUUCACAGCAAGUAAGUGUUGCUGUAACAGAGACAGAGCAUGAUAGAUUGUUGUGUGCUCUAACGAUAGCAAUCUUGGUAGUCUUAUCAUCUGCCGGAUUCCCGAUAGUGAGCAGCAAGGCAUUUAGGGGGAUCUUAUUAUUCCGACCACUGUUUCUCGUUUUGAUAACCAAUAUAACGAUUAUCAUCUGGAGACUUGUACCUGAUAAUCGGAAGAAUGUUUCACGAGGGGAUAAAGAUAAAACACCUGUUUUAGGCGAUGGGUAUGCUUGGGCUGAAGAAGCUGGGAGGGCAUUAGAGCUGGGUUUGAUGCUGAAGAACCUCUCGGGUUCACUAUUCAUGGAUUGCAGUGUGUAUGCUACCAUUGUUGUAUUCGGUCUUUCUUUAUUUGGCUGAAAUUAAGCCCCCAUCUGUCCAUCUUUAGUUUACGUAGGACAAACUUUUCUGCAACUGCAAUUUGCUCAAACUUACUCAUAUUAAGCAAUUUGUUACGUAGCAAUUUUCUAUGCAAAUUUGUUGUAUGCACUCGAGCUUCUUUCAGCAUUCAAUUAGAGUUUUACACCAAGUUUACCUUAUA